GGCCGUGUCGGGCCGGCGCCCAGUCAGCUUCGCUCGCCAGCGUCGCCCGGAGCCCCGGGGGAUGCCCCCAGACGGCACCCCCUAUGGCCGCCGACGUCUUCAUGUGCUCCCCGCGGCGGCCCCGCAGUCGGGGCCGCCCGGUGCUGCUCAAGCCUCAGGUGCCUGAGGACGACGACGACUCGGACACCGAUGAACCGUCCCCGCCGCCCGCCUGCGCUUCGGCCACCCCGGCCCGGGCCCACGCGAGCGCCGCGCCGCCGCCUCCGAGGGCUGGGCCGGGCCGCGAGGAGCCUCCGCGCCGCCAGCAGAUCAUCCACAGCGGCCACUUCAUGGUGUCGUCGCCACACCGCGAGCACCCGCCCAAGAAGGGCUACGAUUUCGACACGGUCAACAAGCAGACGUGCCAGACCUAUAGCUUCGGCAAGACCAGCUCCUGCCACCUGUCCAUCGACGCUUCGCUCACCAAACUCUUCGAGUGCAUGACCCUGGCCUACAGUGGGAAGCUGGUAUCCCCCAAGUGGAAGAAUUUCAAGGGCCUGAAGCUCCAGUGGAGAGACAAGAUCCGGCUCAAUAAUGCCAUCUGGCGGGCGUGGUACAUGCAGUAUUUGGAGAAGCGCAAGAAUCCUGUGUGCCACUUUGUCACUCCACUAGAUGGCUCUGUUGAAGUAGAUGAGCAUCGCAGGCCGGAGGCCAUCACCACGGAAGGGAAGUACUGGAAAAGCCGCAUCGAGAUAGUGAUCCGGGAGUAUCACAAGUGGAGAACCUACUUCAAGAAAAGGCUACAGCAGCACAAGGAUGAGGACCUUUCCAGCCUGGCCCAGGAUGAUGACAUGCUUUAUUGGCACAAACGUGGGGAUGGAUGGAAGACCCCAGUCCCCAUGGAGGAAGACCCACUGCUGGACACAGACAUGCUCAUGUCGGAAUUCAGUGACACCCUCUUCUCAACACUUUCCUCACACCAGCCGGUGGCGUGGCCCAACCCCCGGGAAAUAGCACAUCUGGGAAAUGCAGACAUGAUCCAGCCGGGGCUGAUUCCCCUGCAGCCCAACCUGGACUUCAUGGACACUUUCGAACCCUUCCAGGACCUCUUCUCUUCCAGCCGCUCCAUUUUUGGUUCCAUGCUGCCUGCUCCUGUCUCAGCACCUGCACCAGAUCCCAACAGUCCACCUGCUCAGGAGAACGUCCUGUCAACCACAGCGCUCCCCACCGUGAGCCUCCCUGAUGGCCUCAUAGCACCUCCUGCAGCCACUGCCCUGGAUGCCACGGAUGGGGAGGGCUGCGAACGAGCUCCCCGGCCUGGAGACCCCUUUAUCCAGCCCACAGACUUCGGUCCCCCUGCACCACCACUGAAUGUCCCUCAGCCUUUCCUGCCCGUGUUCACCAUGCCCUUGCUAUCUCCCAGCCCUGCCCCAGCACCUGCUUCUCCUGCCCUCCCUUUAGCCCCGCCCCCUGCCCCUGCCUUGAGCCCCUCAGCUCCACCUACCUUCCUGCAGCCGAAGUUUGCUGGAGCCAGCAAGUCGCCCUCCGUCAUCACACACACGGCCUCUGCCACCCUCACCCAUGAUGCAUCCGCCACCACCUUCAGCCAGAGCCAGGGCCUUGUCAUCACAACCCACCAUCCCACGCCCUCGGUGUCCCCCUGUGGCCUGGCGCUUCCUCCGGUCACCCGGCCGCCAACCGCUGGGCCUCCCCAACCCUGUUUAACAUUUGUGCACCCCAAACCUGUCUCUCUGACUGGGGGAAGGCCCAAGCAGCCCCCCAAAAUAGUGCCUGCUCCCAAACCAGAGUCUGUGUCCGUGGUAUUGAAGAAUGCUUGCAUCGCCCCAGCUGCCUUUUCAGGACAACCACAAGCAGUGAUUAUGACAUCAGGCCCUCUGAAGAGAGAAGGGAUGUUGGCUUCUACCGUGUCCCAGUCCAAUGUGGUCCUCACGCCCGCUGCUAUUGCCCGGGCUCCUGGAGUCACGGAGUUCCACAGUGGCAUCCUGGUGACAGACCUUGGCCACACCACGAGCAGCCAGCCGGCCCCUGUCUCUCGGCUCUUCUCUCCAAGCACAGUGCAAGACGCCCUGGUGAAGGGCGAGCAGGUCCCGGCCACGGGUUCCAGUCGAGAUGGCCCAAACUCAGGGCAGGCCUCUCCAUGUGCUUCAGAGCAGAGCCCCAGUCCCCAGUCUCCCCAGAACAACUGCUCAGGGAAAUCUGCAGACCCCAAAAAUGUGGCUGCUUUAAAGAACCGGCAGAUGAAGCAUAUUUCAGCUGAGCAGAAAAGACGCUUCAACAUCAAGAUGGGCUUUGACACACUCAACAGUUUGAUCUCUAAUAAUUCCAAGCUGACCAGCCACGCCAUCACGCUGCAGAAGACCGUGGAGUACAUCACCAAGCUGCAGCAGGAGCGGAGCCAGAUGCAGGAGGAAGCCCGGCGGCUGCGGGAGGAGAUCGAGGAGCUCAACGCCACCAUCAUCUCCUGCCAGCAGCUGCUCCCUGCCACCGGAGUCCCCGUCCCCCGGCACCAGUUCGAUCACAUGAGGGACAUGUUUGAUGAGUAUGUGAAGAGCCGGACCCUGCAGAAUUGGAAGUUCUGGAUUUUCAGUAUCAUCAUCAAGCCGCUGUUUGAGUCCUUCAAGGGGAUGGUGUCCACCAGCAGCCUGGAGGAGCUGCACCGGACGGCGCUGUCCUGGCUGGACCAGCACUGCUCCCUGCCCGUCCUAAGGCCGACGGUGCUGGGCACCCUCCGGCACCUGAGCACCACCACCUCCGUACUGACGGACCCAUCCCAGCUGCCGGAGCAGGCGGCACAGGCUGUCACCAGAAUCGGCAAGACACCGGGGGAGUCUUAGCAGUGCCUCGCGGGCACGCGGCUGCACAAGAUGCCAUGGAGGCUCUUCCCUGCCCACAGAGAGGACGCUGCACCCCAGGCCUCUCCUGACGCCGAGCUCAGGGCCCCGCUCCAGCUCUACCGGCCCACCGGGCCCCUCAGAACACUGCGCUCAGGUCUGAAGCAGGUUCGGGUCCUACCGACAGCAAUAGCUCGUCUUUGGGAACCCCUUGCUGUGAACUCUUACUCAGCGACCUCAGUCGUGACCUCCCCUGCCCUCAGGCAACCCAGACAGUGUCCUGUCCUACUGGUGGCCUAAGCAGGGAGUAGAUGGGACAGACAGUCACGGCCUGCUCCCGGGAGCUAGGAAGCAUAAGGGUUCCUCUUUGGUUCUGUCCUCAGACGUAGGAUGCUGGCUCCUGUCAGCCCUGGGCCCUCGGAUGACUCUGAGCGAUUCCCUGAGCUGCUCUGACUCUCCUGGGGGGGCAGGUGGAAGGCCCCUUCCUUCUUCCCUCAGACUCUGGCCUUGUAAGUAGGUUUGGACAGCAGCUCAGGCUCGUGCAUGGGAGGCUGCUCCCACUGUGUGGGCCGCCAGGGAACCCCAGGCCCCGUCGGCGGAAGCAGUGGACGUGGGUGCACACGUGGCGAGGAGAGCACAAGCAGUGCAAAGCCGUGGCUCCGACCUGGAACCCCUCGGGCUGCGCUGCGGGCGGCAGCCACACGUCAGUGUCUUGAGAACCGUGGCAGGGACUCAGGCGGGGACUCACUGGGCACCACCUCACCACGUGGCCCUUGUUCUCCACCUUCCUUCAAGCUGCAGCCUCGGACGAGCCAGCGGCGUUUGGGGGACGCUUACAGCCCUCAGGGUGUAGCAUCCGAGAGGCCAGACUCCCUGGUGCCGUCAGUGGGCUGUCAUUUUGUCUGGAUUGUUGAGCCAGGAGUCCCAAACCAUAACAGUUCUCGGACCAAAGAUGUCACCACACCCAAAGUCUGUCCCAUGUUGUGUUUGGAGGAAGAAAUGGAAUGUUGCUGGGCAGCGCUCUGAGGCAGCCGGCCUCAGGGCUGUCUAGCAUCUCCCAUAUCAGACGGUGAAGAAUUACACUCCUUUUUGAUCAAGGCAGAAGGAUAGCUGAGGGCAGCAGGCUGCUUCUGAACGUGGGACUUGCACUUGGAGUGGCCAGGCCCAACCUCUUGCCGUGUCUGCAAGAGGGGGUGCAGAUGGAAGGGCGGGCGCUCUCUCUAACACUCAGGAAGCCCAGCCAGGGGUACCUCCUCGUCGAAAGAAUGUGCUUUUAAACGUCCUGCUGUGAAAUUCAGAGGGUCUGCGGUCUUUCCAUUCAACCUCUGUCCCCCCUGCCAGAGAUGGAGCCUGGGCAGUGCCAGGCAGGCCAGAAAUUCUGGGGUAGGCUCCGUGGGGGCUACCAAGGGCCACCUCCUGCAACUUAGACCUACUCGGAGGCUCCCGCGGGUUCCUGGAGGCCUGCUGAAGGUGCUCGGGGGGCAGCCAUCCAUGCCUCAGCCUCAGUUGAUGGAGGAUGGAAGGGGUGUCUUCCCCCUACCACCU